AUGUUGCCUUAUCAUUAUCAGAUAACAUUUCAUCCAAACGAUCACAGCGCAUUUCAAGACCUAGCUGAUGAGAUCAAAGCAUUCGAAGGACUGACACACGACAGUCUCGUCAAGUAUUAUGGAUGUGAAGUACACAGGGUAAGCAGGAGAAUAAUUGUUAUAUAAAAUCAGUGAGCUCCAUAUAUAUCUGGAGUAGGAACUUGGUUGCUCAAAGUGAAGCCAGUUUCGUGUUAACCGCGUAUACAAAAACAAUAGAAAGGGACUGGAACUGACGUCCAAGAGCUCCUUCAAUUUCCGCCAUCUUGGCAAGGAGUGUGUUCAAAUUUCGUAUUUUGACAUCGAUUUAAAGAAUAAUAUUGUGAUUUUAUGAACUGAAAACUUGAUUAGUGAUACGGUCCAUUAGAAAAAACUGGAAUUAGCUUGGGAAAAUGGUAUAAAAACUGUUUAUGAGCUUCAGAGCUAUUGGACGUCAAUGGCCGCCAUCUUGUAUUCACUUUUCUCAUUGACCGAAUGACUGAAGUUCUUACUCCAGAUAUAUAUAGAGUUCACUGUAUAAAAUACAGUGUGUAUGCCUGCAUUCAACAUGGUUCGAGAACAAUACAAUACAAUAUUUAUUACACUAAAAAAAUACACACUCAACAAUAUCUAAAUCAAAUAUGUGAAAAAGUAUCUACUAUCAAAAUCAACUUUUUAGACGACCAAAAAUGAAAUAUCUCCUUUUUACAUUAAACAUUUAAUUUAAAUGUGUGCUGCCAUAUUUCUUGUCCCUCCAACAUGAGAUUCGCGCGACUAGACACAGGACUUUGGGAAAUGGCUAAUUCGUACUGAUCUAUUAAAUACGGAGUCUUAACCGAAUCAUCUAAUGGAUUCCAAAUUUUUGGUCCAGAAAAUUUAAUGUUAAGUAUUCCAUAGUUGAUAGAACGGUUGAAUGAAGAUGCAUUUCUCACCCAACCUAUCUCCUGUAGGAUGUGAUGUAUAUAUUUAUGGAAUACUGCGGAGACGGCACGAUCUCAGAUGUUUCUAAGCUUGGGUUACCUGAGGCUAUGAUACGCAAGUACGCUGACCAGUUAUUGAUUGCAGUUGAAUUUUUGCAUGACAGAGGGAUUGUUCAUCGUGAUAUCAAAGGUUAGUCUUACAUAAAGUAUAUAGAGUCGCUUCAAGAUUCUUGCUCAAGUUAUUUAUUUUCCCCAUCUGAUUUAUUCAGCUGUUAAAACUCAGAGUAGGUCCAGUGUAGGUAGUAUAUAUUAAAAAGUGGAGGCCCAUCAGAGGGUACAAGGCCUUCGUCAGGCGUAUAUUAAAUAAUACACUGUAUCGACGUAAUUGCAUCGGAUAGAACAAGCUAACUGACAUGUUUUAUUGACCCGCGGCCAUUCAAUUGAACAAAUAUGCCUUUUUAGCAAAAUUGGAAUUAAUGUUUCCUUUUUAAUGGAAAAACAACAGGCAGCCACAUAUUCCAACUGUAUUUUAAAAGCCGUUUUCGGAUAAGCCGCUUUUUUAUCCGUGCAUAUUGCAGAUUUCUGACAUGGAUAGGAAAUUUUAAUAUUUUUACACUUAUUUCACUAUGCCGAAAUUAAUUUCGCAAGCCAAAGAAAAGUCUUGUUUGUGUUAAUAAAAAUUCUUAUUUCAUGUGUUAAACUGUAUUAUUUUACUUCAUGUGAUCUUGAGUAUAUGAUAUAGCAGGACGAGAAAUUUUCACAAUUUAAACAAGUUGCUAUCUUAGCAGAAAGUGGGGAUUAUUUUUAUAAUAAAUUCAAGUUCUAUGCCGGUAAAUACCUUGCGCAGCUGAACAAAUUCAUCAAGCUUGUCCGUAAUAAACACUGACACGAAUGCUAAAAUUAAUAAAACUUAGCAUAAAUAUAUUUUUAUUCAACAGUUCGAAAUAUGAUUUAAGGAAUUGAAAUUGAUGAGAGACAUUAGGACGCACAAUUGGACACAUAAUUAUUCAUAAUUUACGCAGUUUAACUAAUUAUAUUUAGUCGUGACAGAUACAGUAGGGGAUAUAAAGCGUGACACAGGUAUAUGAUUAUUACACUUAAAAAGGAGAUAUGAUUAAAAGUUUCUGGGGACCAUUCUUGCUUGGCUGGCUGUAUGCUUGUAUGACUAUAUUAUUAUGCUUUACUUAUUGAACAGUUCAACUCGUCUUGUGUGGUAUGUGGCCUAUAGAAAGAUUUAAUUUUCAUAUGCUCUCAGAUUCCUCGUGAAGACCAAUUUUACAGAACAUCGUUGCUUGAGAGAGAUACAUUCUUUUUAUGGUGCAGAACGUUGUGUGACUCCUAUGUUGUGAUUUCAACUUGUCUUGCAUGCUCUCAGAAGUUGAGUGGCCAAGUUAGAGUUAAAGAUUGGUUUUAGAAAUCAUUGUCUCUUGAGAGUUUUCUGGAUUUCUACGUUUGUAUAUAUAAUUAUUGUGGCUUGCCCUCAACAGGUACUUAACUUCCUUAUUGUGUCACAUUUCGCAUAAAGUUGAUCAGCUGAGAGAAAGUCAGAAACUGCUUAAAAAGGAUUAAAAGUGGAUAUUGUAUAGAUCAUCGUGGUUUGAAAGGUACUUAUCUUCUAUGAAAGAUUAACUGAAGCUGACUGUCUAGUUGCUUGAGAGAAGGAUUUAUUUUAUAUAUUACUGACGGCUAAGACAGCGUCGGAAACUGACUUCAUAAAUUUUUUUUGUGUACGUUGGAUCCGUGUGAGGAAGAGUGAAGAUUGACUUUGCAUAGACAACCGUUGCGAGAGAGUGAUUUAUUUUCUAUAUUGCUAACGGCUAAGAAAGAUUUCAGGGCAAAUUUCCUGGCUAAGAGAAAAGAAGGAAUCAUGUUAUACAUGGCUAAACUUGAAUAUAAUUCAACUACAAUGGACCAUCAUCUUCCAACGAAAACAUUUCUAAUCUCAGCGAUCAUUCUUAAAUGUCUUCUCGGCGUGUUUGGCAUAGUUGGAAACGUCGGAGUGAUCGUAUAUAACCUCAUCAAACAUUCAAAAACUCCUACAGAUUAUCUCAUUAUCAAUUUAGGCAUUGCAGAUUUAACAACCUGUGCUACGUACUACCCUGCUUUUGUCGUCGAAUUUGUACGGAUUGUGAGUGGAGUGGAGAUAAACCGAGAGUUAUUUUGCAGAAUAAUUGCUGGUAUCGGUAGUUCAACCGUUUCAUUGUCUAUUAUAACUCUUCUAGCAAUAACAUUUGAUCGUUAUUAUUUUAUUACGACACCUCUGAAGUAUCCUUUAGUUAUAACUAGAAAGAGAGUGUUUGUGAUUAUAUCGACAAUUUGGUUCUCCGCCUUACUUCUGGCCUGUAUAGUUGUAUCGUUUACAACCGGCAGUGAUGAUCGAUUGAAUUGUCCUGUCGAUUACACUGUGACGAUUUUUGGUGUGUUUAUAUUCGUGCACAUACCUACAGCAUUGGUUUUGUAUCUCAACUAUAAGGUGUUCAAAGUGGCGCGAAAUCACAGACGUAGGAUCGCACAACAGUGUAGAAUUGCACAAUCUUCCAUCAGCCAAUCAGGGAAUAGUGAUCAUAACAGAACAGGAAGAUCAAGCUUCAGAAGGGCUUUUAAAUCUAUCAAAACAUUUGCCAUCGUCACUGGUGUGUUCGUGUUAUGUUAUAUACCAUAUUCAACGACUCUUAUUGUUGGAACAUUCCUAUGUCAAAAUCAUUGUGUUCCUGUGGAAUUGUCGAUCAUAUUCGGGGAUCUAGUUAGUCUCAGUUCUGUCUUAAAUCCUUUCAUAUAUAAUAUGCGACAACACGGCGUGUUUUCCUGCAGAUAACGUCACAAUUCUGCGCUAUUUAGGAUUUCUAGUUUACUGUAUAGCUUUUGUUAGCUAAAUGCAUGUUUUUGUACAUUGUAUAUAUGCUGUCGUUAUUAUAUAUUCAAUACAUUACAUGUGUUGCACUGUGUAUGUUUUUGGUAUACGAUUCGCAUAGUUUAUAGCGACUUAUAGUGAUAACUGUUACCCUAAAUCAACUGUAUUUAUAUACUGGAUAGUUUUAUCACUUCUAAAUUGUUUUUCCUGGAGGUCCGGUAAUCCCUUGUUGGUACCGUGUUGCUUCGGACAAAAACCUGAGAACUGGCUCAAAAACCUGCCGUGUUUGGUAAAUUGGAAGUACUCACAUACGACUUACUAUGAUCAAAUCUAUGGAAUGGAAUCCCAUAAUUUCUUGCGCGCUCGCUUUGCUCCUUACAAAAACCAUAUGCAGUCAAUGCUUGCUAAAAGUUUAAGGGGGCUCUGCGCGAAAGAAUCCAACGACUCCAACAAAAAGUAUUAAGAAUGACAUUAUUUAUUUUCCUUAUUUAGUGGUGUUUGUACAAGUAGUCGUUAAAUUCCAGUUACAUAUAGUUAAUCUGACAUCAGUAAAGAUUCUGUACUUAAAAACUAUUACAACGAAUCAUAGUCAAUAUAUAGUCAAAACUUUAUUAUGAACAUGGGUCUUGUAUUAAAAUACUGUCAAGCUUAAAAUUCACUACAAGGUCGAGAGAGGAGAAUUCUAAAUGCUCUUCUAUAUUCCUCAUGUCUCACGCCAUAAAUGAAUGCAUUUAAUACAGAGUUCGCUCCGGCCAAGAUGGCGAAUGAACUGAUAAUCUCUAUAGGUAUACACCCCCCACCACAGACAACAACAUCUAUCAUAGCUAUAACUGGGAAUGGUGUUACACAGAAUAUGAAACAUCCAAACACGAUAGUGAAUGUUUUAAAAAGUUUAAACUGUCUUGCUAAAUGUCUUCGAGAUGAACCAGUCGUUGAGUUGCUCGUCUCAGACGGUACUGCUUGUACGGCGAUCUUGCGUCGCUGUGCUCUGGCAAUCCGAAGGAUCUUCAAGUUAAAAACAACCGUUGCUGUCAAUGGGAUAUAGAAACAUACCACAGAUCCAGUUAGUGCUACAGCCAUAUCAACGUCACAAAUCAGAGGUACUCCAGUUGAUUUGGUGCUCGCGAAAAUGAAUCCACCAUUCACAAAUCCAGCACACCAUAUAACUGUCAAAGCAAUACAUGUCCGUCCUGACGUUACAAUAUUCGGAUAUUUGAGAGGUAAUGUUAUAGAGAUAUAUCUAUCUAUAGUCAAUACCAUGAUAUUUACAACUGAUAAGGCAAGGCUAACACCUGUAAUAGUGAAGCUUAUUUGACAAACCAAGUUCGAUCCUUCAGCAGUCCCAAGUAAGAUCCUGAUAGUUUCUGUGAUGUAUGUAGGAAAGUAGAUACCACACACUAGCAGAUCUGAGACAGCCAAAUUUAGGACAAAAUAACUGGUAGGAUUCUUGUUUUUGUUUAGAAAUACGUUAUAAAUUAUCACAACGAUAUUGCCUAUCACGCCAAAGACUACAAACAAUGAAUCGAUAACCACGAGUGCCACUAAAAACCCUCUCGAUGGAGGCUCGAUUGUAGAGUUCAUAUUGAAAUAUAGCAAUUUCUUCUAUAAAAAUAUUUAUAAAAUAAUUUACGGUCGAAAUAUUAUGAGAUGAUCAAUAAUUGAUGCAACCGCCAGAAGUAAUAUUUCCAGAAGACUUGAAAUUGAUUAAAAGAAGAGACAGCUCGUCCGUUUUGAAGAGUUUCCACUUUUUAAAACCUUUAGAUCAAACUGAGAAGUUUUUUAUUCUUCCCUCUAAUGGUUGAUGCAGGUUUAUUGUACACGGAGUAUUAAAAUCCUCUAAUGCAUGUACAAUUUAUUAGACUUGGUGUUGUUUGUACUGUAGCUAUUAAAAUUUCAUAAGAUGCUUUUAAUAAGACAUGUUCAACAAACGUUGAUGUUCUCUGUGAUAAGGAGGCAGUCACAAUGGCUCCAUGACAAGGUUAGAUCUGCGAUUUCUCUUCUUGAUGUUACAACUACAGUACUUAAACAACAAAGAGACAGUGCAGUUUGAAGAUGUUAUAUUCCGUUACCAGCAAACUAGAUUGUGCUCGAAUUCUUAGAAAUCUUCUUAGAAAUCUUUUUAGAAAUCUUCUUAGAAAUCUUCUUAGAAAUCUUGUUAGAAGAUUCGAAACAGUGAGAAUGUUGUUAAGUGAUAUAUCCUCUAAUCUUUGUCCUCAGUCUUUGCCUUUGUUUCACAAACAAGCGAGCGAACUUUAAGAAGAAUAUUUGAAUAUGCAGUCUUACACAAGCUUUCGUCGAUAAACUUCGGAUAAAGAGAAACACCAACUUCAAAAAGUCUUUGCCUUGGUUUUUUACUGUAGAAAAGAUAGCAAACUGAAUCACAUGCGAAACAAUAAGUUCACGGUGUAGAUAUCAGACCAAAGCUGUGUACAUAUAAAUAUUAAAAUUGAAUUAAUUCAGAGAAGGAGCACACCUUAACACUAUAUAGUCUUUAAAGCCAGAUCUGUGGUAUACCUUCUCCCAAGCACUGAGCUGAGCGAAGACUUGUGUGCAGUCGUUUUUAAAUUAAUAUAAAGUCCGUAAUAUCAUGUAUACCAAUGCAGCUGUGUUGUCGUAAAUAAAUUUCCCAGGCAAAUAAAAUUUUUGUAAUUACAUAUUACUGCUCAAUACGUUUGUGUGACUACUAUUAUAAUAUUAAUGUUUAGACAGGUUAAAUACACUUUAUUUAGAAUCAAGCUGCCUGAAUUCAAACGGUAUCACAUAUAUACGUGUCUUAUGUCUUAACUAAACUGAUCAACCAUAUCACUUGCCCCAAUAGCUUUAUUCGUGAAGUUCUUUAGCUCAAUGGUCAAAAUACUUGAUAUGUAAGCUCGCAUGUCAUGUCUUAAAGUUGCAAAUUCUCCCAAUUAAGUUUCUAAUCAAAUUUUCAUAAAAACGUUUAGUAUUGCACCGCCCUAAUUGAUGGUCGAGAUAUUCUUGCGAAACUUUAACACUGAUAAUUGCGAUAAUUAGUAACAGCUCAUACUUUACACUUAUUGCUAAGUUAAAAUUGGUUUUGUAAAUGGAGGGACUCAGUGGUCAGACCUGCAUUAGAUUUCUAGACAGAAACCGACGGGUUCAAUUCCAGCCCUGGUAAGAUCUUGGCAGUGGCAGGAUUCGAACCACGUUGACAUGAGCCUUACUCAUUUCUGAUAAGAGCGCAAGACAUUCAAUAAUUUAGGUGGGAAUAGCGCAAAGGUAACCAAGUAUUUAAAUAAAAUAUUGAAUUAUGUGUCAGAAGUCUCACAAACACACAGAUGUCAUUUCGCCGACGAAUUUAAUUCCUCAAAUUAGGCCAAUUUUCUCAUUUUUAAUAAUAGUCCACAAAGAUUAAUUUUCUUUGGGAAUUAGGUCGAGUUUUUCCGACAUAAAGGUCGUGGGUUGUUUCCAUCAUGGCGUCACAGUAAGCACCUGAACAAACUAGAUCUGCGUCAUGAGGGCUCAUUGAUAUUAUUUAUAGUGCCUGCGAGCAAAAUUCAUUGAAAAUGUGCCUGCCAAAAUCGUAUUUUGAGUUUUGACAGCUAAGUAUUGUUAAAAUGACAGAAUGUUUUGUUUAAAUUGUGCCUACGAUUUUAAAUUGUGCCGGUUAGGUCCUGCAGUAACACUAGACCAACAAGCGAAAGCUUCUACCUCUACGGAGAGCAGUUUAGAAAUCAUAUAAGGCCCGUUUACACUUGCAAUUUUUCCUGCGAUUUCAGGUGCGAUAUUCUUCUUCUGAUGGAUGUAAACGAGUGGAUGUAAUAUGAUGUAAAACCUUUAUUUCAACAGGGUUAUCUUUUCAGAAGACAAGCUUCUGCUAUCAAUAGGGGCCCUGUAAAUUUGAUCAACUAUAGUACUAUUAAAAUUACAUGAAUAUACAAAAUAUACUACAACUACUGCUACUACUCUAAAACAAGUAGGCUACAUUAUAAAAAUACUAAGAAUUAAGUCUAUUAAAAAUCUUACAACCAGAUCAGUUAUGAAUGUUUAGAUGAAGGUACAUGCAAUUCACAUCAAUCAGCAGAAGAAAACCACACUAGAAAUCGCGGUGAAAUGGACCAAUCCCCAAUUAACCAAAAUUUUGAACUCAACAAGUCUAGACAAAAAUUUCAGCACAGCUUGAAAGAGCAUUACAAAAUUAGUAAUAUUCCAAAGUUUCGUUGCAAAAUGUUGUAAAAUGCGGAUAAUAUAGCCUUGAGAUAUUUGCAAUUUUCAGUCAUUUUAGAUUACAAACGGGAAAUGGUUACCACUUCUGUGCGUAAUACAAAAUGACUGAAAAUUACAAACUUCGCAAGGCUAUAUUAUCCUCAUUUUAUAACAUUUUGCAACGAAACUUUGGAAUAUUACUAAUUUUGUGAUGCUCUUUCAAGCUGUGAUGAAAUUUUUGUUUAGGCUAGUUAAGAUCAAAAUUUUGGAAAAGUGGUAACCAUUUCCCGUUUGUAAUCUAAAAUGACUGAAAAUUGCAAAUUUCCUAAGGCUAUAUUAUCCGCAUUUUACAACAUUUCGCAACGAAACUUUGGAAUAUUACUAAUUUUGCGAUGCUCUUUCAUGCUAUGAUGAAAUUUUGUCUAGACUUGUUGAGAUCAAAAUUUUGGUUAAUUGGGGAAUGGUCCAUUGCAAGUGUAAACCGGCAUAUAUAUAUAUAUAUAUAGAGUUAUCAUUAUCUAUAAAAUUUAACAAUAUUCAACUCAAUCCAACAGGUCCAAAUAUCUUCCUGUCCUCAGAAGGCUUGAUAAAACUGGGUGAUUUUGGAGCCUCGGUGAAGCUUGUCAAUCCAUCUCAGACUAUGUGUGGGGAGGUGUCCGCUCUCCGGGGUACAAUCGCGUAUAUGGCACCGGAGGUUAUUACCCUCGAUAAAGGUGCCGGGUAUGGCAGAGCCGCUGACAUCUGGAGUGUGGGUUGCGUUGUCGUCGAAAUGGCCACUGGGAAGGUAGGAGUUAAAUGUAUAUUUUUCGUACUAAUGAAAACAUGACAUCUUCAGUGGCGCAGUCGUCACAGAAAGCGCCUUCUGAGAUCAUGGGCUUCAUUGUCGUUGCGGACUCGUGAUACUUGCGUGAAAUGAAUUUCGUGGGAUUUGCUCCCACGGGGAAUAUUGAUAGGGUGGGUUGAGGUAAAUAUCGACAUUUGGGGCAUCUCGCUCGAUAGAACUAACCAGUUGAAGGGUUUUUGUAGAUCGAAAUUUUGAGCGGAAAGUUCUGUACACUUUUCAGACCUAACCAGAAGCAGAGAGACAGUUGUCGAGCUCUAACCACAAGUUUUUAUAUAUAUAACCUUUAGUUCUCCUAAAGUGCUUGGCUCAAGUUGAGGUGCGUCUUUCGCCUCUCCCAAUUUAGUUUAGUAAAUAAAUAAUACAGCGUUCUUUAUUAGCCAGUGAUUUGUAUGAAAUGCUGGUAUGAUCUUUAAGAACAAUGACAUAGGAUAAUUGAUUCAAAAUGAUUUUUUUAUCAAAAUCAAAAUAAGAGUGUUUGAGUGUUCAUGCACUAAAAAUUAUUUUGAAAAUAUCGAAAAUGUUUUUUAAUUAUAGAUAAUGCCAGGAAAAGUAAUUUCCGAAAAGCUCAGUAUAUUUCAUUAUAUUUAUAAUUGUAUCCUAUAGUUCUAAUUAUCUUGGAGUUCGUUAAUUUCGUGUCGUGUUUCAAAUCCAAACUUUGCCUCAAAAUGGAAUUAUUAUGAUAUCACAAAAAUACAGUAUUUAUCCUUUCAUAUUAGAGUAUUAGGCCUGUUUUAUACGUCGAAUUUUGAUCGCGUCGAAUGCAAUUAAGACAAUAGAUAAUGAGAUGAUAAACCUCAUUAAGCUUCAUUGUCUAUUGUUUGAAUUGCAUUCGACGCGACCGAAAUUCGACGUAUAAAACAGACCUUACAUUAUUUGUUCUUUGAUAAAAGAACAAUAAUUCAGACUUUUAAAAGAUUAUAAAACUUUAGACUGCAGAAUAUCCAAUAAACACCUUUCGUUAAAUAUUUGCAUGCAAAUAGCUAGGUAUCCUAAUUUAAAUGCUAAUGCCCAGUCAUGUAAUUACAUGUUCGUGUUAAAUGAUCUCCGUUGUAAUCUAAGGCUGAAUAUUUUAAUCUCCUGCAGUAUAUAUGUGGUAUAUAUAUUUAAAUUAUCUUGUGAUGUGCUUUGUCAUCGUGAUAAUACAACAAACUUCACAGCACGAGGGGAAGAAAGAAAUUAGUUUUAUAUAAACUACGAUUCGUUGUGACUUGUGCACUGGUGUAUUGUAUAUACACAAUCAGUCAUUAUAUCUAUUGGAAAUUGCUCCUGCUCAGGUAAACAGAGUGAUUAAAUCGUCCAGAGAGUGAUAGACAUAGCAUGAAUGAUCAGUCGUGGUUUGGUUGAAUAUUUUUUUAAAUGACAUAACUUUUUCUUCGUCUAUCAUUUUGGAUCUUUGAAGUUUGUGAGUUAUUGACGUCCUUCAAAAUCGCAAGUUGUUAAAAGGGAAACACAAGCCUACUAGCUUACAUUUCAAUGAUAGGGCUGUCCUAGAAAGACGAAAGGUGUUACAUUAACAGACAAAGAGUCAUUGGUUUCAAUCUUGGAAGGUUUUAGUGACUCAAUUUCAACUCUUUAUAUAAGUAAUUGUAAGAGCACGAAGGAAAUAAACAGGAAAACCUGGUCGUUUUAUUCGCUACGGAUUCGGUUUCCAGAUUUGGUAUCUUGGUAACAGGUUACCAACUGAACACAAUCCCAAUGUCUGCCAACUUCACAGGAAAUACGAGCAUUCCCGAAGUCUUCACGAUCGGAUGGUUUCGUUUUCCGACCAGUGUCGACGAGAACUACGAAGUAAUCAUAGUCCUUCAUGAUGUUCUGGUAGUGUUAUCAUUUUUGACCAACCCCAUUCUCCUGUUUAUCAUUAUCAAAACUUUAGGCAAAUCUUCAGGAAAGAACUCCGGUAUCCUUCUCUCGAGCAUUUGCCUUACAAACAUUUUUGUGACUAGCUUUGGCGUGAUUAAAAUAUUCGGUGGUUCAGCUAUUGAUUAUGGAAUAAUGACCCGUGUUAUGUCUAUCUUCUUACCAAUGUAUUAUUUUGCUACCUUCUGCUUAGCUUUAAAUCAUUACGGGUUAAUUGUAACACCACUGAAGUUCCAAACCUCGUCUCCAAAACCAAAAACAAUGGUUGGUAUUUUAGGAAUAGUUUGGAUAACUAUGACACUGGUUUUGGUGGUGGCUCCAAGCUUAGCAUCAGAUUUUGAUCUUUAUGUUAAAGUGACGAUAACCACAGUCGUAGCAUUAUGUUGGCUUGCAAGUAUUAUUAUUGCUAUAAUGUAUACGAGGAUCCUACUCACUUUAUACCAAAGGAAAUUAACACUGCAUAGAACUUUGAACAUGUCUCGCUCAAGACAAGGACUUGUUGUGAUUAAACAGAACACUAAGCUUGCCAAAGUGUUGUCCUUUUAUACAUUGGUUCUAGUGGUGCUAACGUUGCCUUUAUAUACCAGUGUGAUACUGGCAUUACAUUGUUCAAAGUGUGACACUCCUGCAAUGAUGAAGUUUACUCUCUAUUGCCUACCACCUGGCAUGAGCAUGCCAAUCAUACACGUCUUUCAUUGGUUGUCGGCUACCCCGCAGUAUUACAGAGAAGUGAAGAGACUAAUCAAGAAAGUGUUUGCUUUACUGUGGGAAGAAAGAGUGACAAGUGGUUAA